AUGGAGAGGCGGUUCUUCUUCAACAGCGUCCCCAGGGAGCGGCUAAACAAAAUUGUGCGCGAUUACUUUUACGUGGAGCAGAAAAUGCACAACGUGAUUGCCCCGCGGGGGGGGGAGGCACCUGCGAAGGCGGCUGGGAAAGCGGCUCCACUGAAAGGUGCGGAGAACAAACCGAGGGAAGCCGAAGGUGCGGACCAGUUAGCGGACCAGUUAGCGGACCAGCUAACAGAGCCAAUCUGUGAAGACCUCGGCAAAUACGUAAACAGCGGCAAGGGCUUCACCCACCUCUGCGCCCUCUACAUCCAUAACGGUGAAAAGAAAAAGUUCCUCCAGUUGAUGAACAAAUUUGUCAAGUACUCCUUUGGCUACGAAGACCUGUUCAUCCUUUUCUACCUAAUGUGUAGAGUCAACUACAGAGAUGGGCCCAUCCUUCGGAAGGUCUUAAGCGCCCUCGAAAUGGACUACUUCAAAUUGGAUAGCCACUUUUCCUACCCCCUAUCGAAGGCACUCUUCGCCCCACACACCAAUUUGCACACCGCCAUAAAUCACCUUCCGCUUAUUUAUAAAGUUAAGUUAGUUAAUAUGGACAGGGGGUCCCGUGUUGGGGGGGAUUUCCCCCAUGGAGAGACUCCCAUGGAGGGUAAAAACAUACGAAGUGAUACUACCCAACAUGGUGAUGAGGAGCUAAGGGGCUCCUUCGUUGAGGGACACCCACAGGGGAAGCACCCCUCCGUGGAACGCGUAAACGAUGCAGAGGUACAAAACGUCCUCGAAAAUUUGCAACAGGUGGAUAUGGAGCAGUACGAGAAGGAGGUCUCUAAAGAUGGCGUGCAGUUUAUUAACCUGAACGUGAAGAGGGAAAGGCGGAAAAUAAAACUCAGGGAGGGGAGGCACCGGGGGCUCAAAUUAAAGGCCACGCUCAUGACUCAGAUAAAGGACGAGGUGCGCAAAAUGGUGCGCGAGGGGGGAGAAGCAGUGGAAGCAAUAGAAGCAAUCGAAUCAGUCGGAAUGACCGGCGCAAACGGGGCAAUCGAAGCAGUCGGAGCAACCGGCGCAACCGGAAUGACCGGCUUAACCGCCGCUUGCUUCGCGCCGGAAGAGCGAAACGCAUUCCAGGUGAAGGAAGUGCUGACCAUCUUCAUCCACGACAAAGAGCUGGCGCGCAAAAAUCUGUACGUGCAGGACCUGAUUGAGGACGUCGUGAAGUACUUGGUCGCCCCGGGGAGGACCCCCCUUCUCUGCAGGAACAUGCUAACCCUGCUCGCUUUCAUGGAGGCGCAGAGCUACUACGCGGAUAAGAAGCUAAACCGGGCAGUUGAGCGCGCCCUGGGGGGGUUCAUCCCGAGCAUGAACGAGUGGUCCGAGCAGGGCGUAUACGACUUUAUAAAUGGGCUGGCGAGGGGGGAGGGGAUAGGCAGAGGCGUCUUGCAUGGUGGCCUCAUCCAUGGUGGCGCCUUCCAUAGUGACGUCAUCCAUGGUGACCUCUUCCAUGGUGACCGCUUCCCCAACGCGCUCGCCUUCCUAUACGACCAGCAGUACACGUACAACUUCGCCCUGUACGAGGAAGACGCCCCCGAUCGAAAUAAGUUCCACCUCGCAACAAACAAACUGCUGAAGAAUUUCCUCUUUCUCCUCAGCUACAUGCUGAGACUGCCCUUUUUGAAGUUCCCCAUUAUGAAGUCCUAUUUAAAUUCGUUCGACUUCUUUCUUAACAUAUUUAUAAAAAACGAAAACGUGUGUACCUCCCUCGAAAUUGCAGAGAUCUCUUUCAUUUGCGAAAGUUUCGUGCGGCGCAAAAUUAUAGACGUGAGCAUAGCCCACAAAAUGCUCUCUCUCGUGCGCCAGGCGGUUGGCAAGUGUGUGAAGUUUCACCGCGCUGGAGAAGAUGAUCACCCGCCUUUGAUGGGUGAUGCAGAUGUUUGGAGGGUUUCUACCUACCCGAUCUACCUCAAUGACAUUCUCUCCAUCCUGCACUUCCUCCACUUUUUCAACCUCCCUACGGACCAGCUGCACGCACAACUCAUUGUUAUAUGCCUGGGGAAUUUUAUCCACCUAAACGACACGCAGAAAUUUAUACUCUUUAACUGCGUAGAGGCCCUGCGAAGGAGGACCCCCAACCAGAUCCGCGCCCACGUGCUGAACUACUUUAUGUAUGAGCAGAACUUGGACGCUUUUUUGGCUCGCAAUCGAGGUGUCCACAGGGAGUCACUGGGCUUGCUGUUCGUUAGUUAG